GACAAUUUCAGUCAGAAGAUGAAAAGGGAGUUCGAGUCCUGGGACCCAGAGGAUUUCUGUCCGGGUGCAACUCUUUGGAAAAAUCAAGUUCUGCAACCAGCACAGAUCAACAUGUAUGAGAAAACUACUGACACUGUGAUUAUUGUGUCCUCUGAUGAGGAAGCAGAUGCACAUUCUAGGGGUGACGAAGCAAUGGAUGAGCUUGUCUCAUCCAUGGGAGGAUUAAGCUCUACAGAAAGUACUCCUGUUAAAAAAAGGGCAAAGCCAUCAAAUCCUCAUGAAAGCAAUCCCAAGCAAAGGAGAACAGCAGUACCCAAAUUCACAUUGAGUUCUGAUGAAGAACCAACAAGGAAUACAGAAGUACCUACACUUACAUUGAGUUCUGAUGAAGAACCAACAAGUAGCUCUGAUGCAUCUACCACAGAUGAAAUGUCAGAUGAUGACAUCCCAAGUUUCCAUCCUCGCAAGCUGACUGAAAAAGACCAAAAGCAGAAGAAAAUUGGUGAAGACGUUUGGGAGAAUGUGGAAGAGGUAGACGUUGACAAAUUGCCAGAGGGUAUAGAUGGCCUUAAAGUAUAUGUCAUCAACACCAAGGCCAAUGACAAAAAAGUACAAAAUGUUCUAAAAGAUGGGAGGCGAUGGAAGAAGAACUGCCCCACUUCUUGGAAGGGUCAUGAAAGGGUUCGAUAUGCAGACUGUAGGGGAUUUCACAAAUGUGAAGUAAAGGAUUGCCCCUAUAGAGUAGAGUAUGGUAUAUUUAACACCCAGCAGUUUAAAAUAAAUAAAUCGACUUUAUUUUAAGAGG